UUGCUCUAUGUGCCGAGUCAGACACUCCUUUAGAAAAAAUGAAAAAGCUACGUCCGUUUUUGGUCAAGCACUGUAAACAAGGAGGAGCGCUGCCAGAACACGAGAGCAGCCUCCGUCAAAUCCACUUACCCCGUGUGUUCGAGCAGCAUAUGGAGGCUGUGCGACAGAAGCUUCAAGGAAAAAAAAUAUCAGUCGUUGUUGACGAAACUACGGAUGCAAGAGACUGCAGCGUUCUGAACAUCGUCACUGGUUUUGAAGGCCAGUACUUUCUGGUGGAUGUAAUUUUCAUGGAGCGAUGCAACUACUCAACCUUUGCCCAAGCAGUAAUAGGCUCCCUCCACAACAACAAACUGGAUCUCAAUGAUGUCUGGGCAGUGGUCACAGACAAUGCAGCCUACUGCCUUAAAGCAUACAAGGAUGUUCUGAGAGGUGUGAUGCCACACAGCAGGCAUGUGACAUGUCUUUGCCAUGUCAUCAAUUUAGUGGGAGAAACAUGGCAACACUAUAGCUACUUCUCCGACGUGUCAUCUCUUGUCACUUGGAUGCGAUCAGCCUUCUUCAAAAAGCCAGCCAGGAAGAGAAGAUGGGUGAACUUUCUCAUUCUGAAAGAUAGGUUGCAGACCAAGGUUCCUCCUGAAGCAGUGAGUACCAGGUGGAAUACCUGGUUUGAGGCAGUUAAGUACCAUGCAGAGCAUGUUCAUCUAUAUAGAGAGUUCUUCUUGGCAGAAAAUUCAUCAUCCCAGGCAGUUACAAACAUCCUCAGUCUGCUUGAAAAAGAAGAAAAGGUGCAGGCCCUCACUGUCCAGCUGACCUUCAUCUCAGAUGGAUGCUCCAAACUGAUGACAGCUCUGACGGUCCUGGAAGGAACCCAUCAUCCCACAGCAGUUUCUGUUCACAAUGUAAUGGAAGAUCUUGGGUUCUACCUUGUGAAUGGAACAGCAAAAACAUGUGGUUUUGGUGCCGAAACAGACAUGCUACUGAGCAAGAUGUGUAUGGCAGAGAGAAGAAAGGUACUUGAUCAGCUUCAUGAUGCGUUCCAUCUGGCAUUCACAAAAUUUUCAAAGCAUUGGGACACUCACCCUGCCAAAGAGGUCUACAGGCUGGUCAGGGUCUUUGAUCCCAGGCAGGCUCCAGCCAUGGAAAAGCAGAUUCAAGCUUAAACACAACUGGAGCCACUGGCACACCC